AACCUCGAAAAGAAGCUUCCUGACGAGGUUAGAACGGCAGAGCGACCCCGGCGGCUUUGGAAUGAUGGCAAAUCAGGUAUUGCUUCAUUUCCUGGUGCCUUUGUUCUGUGGCGCCCUCUCCCAGCCCAUCCACUACUCCAUUCCGGAGGAGCUAGCCAAGGGCUCUCUGGUGGGGAAUCUCGCCAAGGAUCUAGGAUUCAGUAUCCAAGAAUUGCCAGCUCGAAAACUGAGAGUUAGUGCAGAGGAUUAUUUCAGCGUUCGUGCAGAAAGCGGGGAUUUGUUAGUGAGCGGCAGGAUAGACAGAGAAAAGAUUUGCGGGAGGAAAUCUGAGUGUGCACUGGAAUUUGAAUCUGUUACUGAAAACCCGAUGAAUAUUUUCCAUGUAACUGUUGCCAUCCAAGACAUUAAUGAUAAUGCACCACAUUUCUUUGGGAAAAGCAUUGAAUUGGAGAUCUGUGAGUCAGCCUUAGCAGGGGCAAAAUUCCCUCUGGACUCUGCACGAGAUGCAGAUGUGGGAAGUAACUCACUGAAGAUGUACACUAUCAGCCCCAAUCCACACUUCUCCCUGUCAACGAAGGAAAGUCCUGAUGGAAGUAAAUACCCAGAAUUGCUGCUGGAAAAACCUCUAGACAGGGAGCAUCAGAGCUCCCAUCACUUAAUACUGACCGCCAUGGAUGGUGGAGACCCACCCCUAAGCAGCACCACCCAGAUCUGGAUCAAAGUCACCGAUGCCAAUGAUAAUGCUCCAGUGUUCAGCCAGGACACUUACAAAGUUAGCCUUCGAGAAAACAUGCCCCCAGGAACGUUAGUGCUGCAAGUUACAGCCACGGACCAGGAUGAGAGUAUUCACGGAGAAAUCACCUAUGCCUUCCUUAAUGUCCCAGCAAGUACUAACCUCAUCUUCAGUAUCAAUCCAAACACUGGAGCUAUCACAACUAAUGGUACAUUGGAUUUUGAAGAAAAGAGUAGAUACACAUUGGGUGUAGAGGCCAAGGACGGAGGAGUGUACACGGCUCACUGUAAUGUUCAGAUCGAAAUUCUUGAUGAGAAUGACAAUGCCCCAGAGGUGACAUUCAUGUCCUUUUCUAACCAAAUUCCAGAGGAUUCAGUCCUUGGAACAGUAAUAGCCCUCAUUAAAGUUCGAGACAGAGAUUCUGGACAAAAUGGUCUGGUGACAUGCCGUAUUCAGGAAGAUCUUCCCUUCAAAUUACAACCCACCUCCAAGAAUUAUUACAAGUUGGUGAUUGACAAGGCCCUAAACCGGGAACAGGCCCCAGAGUACAACAUCACUAUUACAGCUACUGACAGUGGCAAGCCUUCGCUUUCCUCCAAGACAUGUGUUACCGUGCACAUCACAGAUAUCAACGACAAUGCACCGGUUUUCCACCAGGCCUCCUACUUGCUCUAA